UUUAAUAAACAACUGUCAGUGCAGCAUAAAUCUGCUAGGCAACGCUGGAUCUCGACUCCAUGACUCGCUUUUCAAACCCACGUCAACGCACAGCCUAAUAGGCCUCUUCAGUGACUUUUUAAAGCUGCAAUCAAAGGGAAUUUUCCAUUUAUCUUGCUCUCCAGAGUUAUAUGGGAAAUCUUAUUUUAGCAAUUAUUGAGAGUGGAACAACGAAGGGCAUUUCCUCUGUAAGAGCUCAGCGGUGGACGACAUGGAGAAGCAACAGUGGAAACAUGAAACUUGCUUCGUGUUGUUUCUUGUCCUGGUUCAAAUAUUUGGCUUAGAAGAUGGCAACCGACAGACAACCGAGAUCUGUUCCACGCAUACCAUUUUACCUGGACCGAAAGGAGAUGUCGGUGACAAGGGAGACCAAGGAGAAACGGGAAAAACUGGGAAACUUGGCCCCACAGGAUCCAAAGGAGACAAAGGAACAAUUGGAGAUAUUGGUGAACAAGGAAUGAUAGGUAAAAUUGGACCAAUUGGCAGAAGAGGUGACAAAGGAGUAAAGGGCGAAUCUGGAGGCGCAGGAGGGAAGGGGAAAGCAGGUGGUGUCUGUGAUUGUGGGAAAUAUCGCAAAGUUGUCGGACAAUUGGACAUCAACGUGGCUCGUCUCAAAAAUUCCAUUACUUUCGUAAAGAAUGUGUUAGCAGGCAUCAGAGAAACAGAAGAAAAAUACUACUAUCUUGUUCAGGAAGAGAAGAACUACAGGGAAGCCCUCGCUCACUGCAGGAUUCGAGAAGGAAUCUUAGCGAUGCCGAAGGAUGAAGCCGCUAACACGGUGAUUUCUGAUUACGUCUCCCAGAGUGGCUUCUUCCGAGUCUUUAUAGGGCUAAAUGACAUGGAGAAGGAAGGCCAGUUCAUGUAUGCGGACCGUACGCCAUUGCAAAGCUAUAGCAAUUGGAAAGAAGGAGCACCUCAGGACACCGAAGGGAAUGAGGACUGUGUGGAGAUGCUCAGCACUGGGAAAUGGAAUGAUACGGAAUGUCACCUCACCAUGUAUUUUGUCUGUGAAUUCCCAAAGAGGAGGACGUAGGCUGAAGAAGACACCUAAAGUGCACUGUAGAAUCGUUCUUUGUCAGCUAGUGUUCUGUCCCCGUCUCACACACGCACACAAACAGACAGCUGGGGGUUAAAUAAACUGGCAGACAACCAAUUCUUCCGAUAAGAAACUUGGCAGCAACCCAGUAGCUGCUUGCCAAGAACUUUACUCAAAAACAAAAUACACACAGUCAAGAAAUGUCCAGUUCGUAAAAUAAAUCCAAGGCCGAUAAUGUUGUUUCCAAAGA